UUGAAACUAAUCAAAAUCUAAUACAGAUAUGACAUCAAAUUGAAAAACUAAAAAUAAAAUAAAAUGAAGAAGAAGUUAUUUUCACAAAUAAAUUGUGAAGAUUUAUCAUAUGAGACUACAUAUCUAUCAAAAUUGUUCAACACAUGGACUAAUUUGCUCCAAUCCUCAAAUAUAAGGGAUCAAUUGUGUCUAUUUCUCGAACUUAAUCAGUAAUAACUUGGUGCCCACUGAAAGUUUAUGCCACCAGAUUUAACGUCAGUCGGGAUUUUUUUUGGGGGAAAUGGGUGGCCGGACUAUGGAAUGGGCGGCGAGAGCAAACCACCUGGGUGGUCUACCGCGGAAAUUGGUGAUCACGGCGGUAGGUACCUUCGCUAAGGCGGUGGCAAAUCUACUGAACUUGUUCUGAUGGGAUAGCUCCCCAGUUGUUGAUGUACCUAAACAAAAACAUUCAAACAAAAACAAGCAACCAAACAAACACAAAAACCAGGAGGGAAUUGCAAUUCUGCACAGUCCUUGUGUAGGCCUCUUAGUGAAGGUAUUUGUUUUGGUGGUUGUAUCUGUGAUGUCCUCUAUGAAGGUGUUGAUGUAGGUGUUGAUAAGGCAUGUUGAUGAAUCCAUCCUGCCAUCUGCAGCUACAAAACAAACAAGAACCAGCAGGAAAGGGAUUGCACAAGGUAGCAUAGGGGGGAAAUGGAUAGGCUGCUGUAGGCUUGUGUGCAGCUCCAAGUUGCUUUCAUAGUAGGAGAGGUUAAGGAGCUUGUUGGAGCAGGCUUCACAUAAAAAAAGGCCCUUCCUUGUGAUCUAGUUCAGCUUCUUUGUGUGUGGCUCCCCAGUAGUUGUUGCACCUAGACAAAAACAAUCAAUAGAAUACAGGCAACCAAACAAGUACCAAAACCAUGAGGAGCCUCCAUUUCUGCACAAUCCUUUUGUAUCAGUCUUGGUGAGUCUUGUAUCAGUGGUGUCCUCUAUGUAUUUGUUGUUAAAGUAUGUUGGUGUAUAUCUCCAACUACCUGCAACUACACAGCAAAUAAACAAAGACAAUGAAGAAGAAGGACCUGUAUAGGCUAACAGAAAAACAUGGAUUUUGGAGCCUGUUAGGAUUUUCAAGGUCGCUCGCCUAACGUCUCCACUUAUCCGUUUGAGUUGAAACUUCAUGAGGCUUAAGACAGCUGAUUGUUUCAAGGUCGCUCGCCUAACGUCUCCAAUCAUCUGUUUGAGCAGAAACUUCUUGGGCCUUGUCAAAAGAGUAUAUGCUGCAAUCCUGCAAAGUUUGGAUACCUUGGUGCAUGCCCUCAUGCUGCAACACACCCUGCACAUCUUAGCCUGCUGAAGCUUAGAUGUUGCAGGGGUGGUGGAAGUUGUAUUUGAAGUUUUCUCUAUGUAUUUGUUGUUAAAGAAAGUUGUUAUAUCACUACAGCAACCUGAAAUAAUACAACAAACAAAUCCACGUAAAAAAGAACUUGCACAAACUAGCAAUAAAGAAGGGACCUCAGUAAGAGCUUUGGAGACUGUUAUCUUUUUCCAAGUCGCUCGACUAACGUCUCCAAUUAUCCGUUUGAGCUGAAACUUCAUGAGGUUUGCAUAUAUAUCCUUUUGUUUAUCCAUGCAAAGUUUGAAGGCUUGCUUCCCAUGUUGAAGGGUCCAAAUUACUGAAGGCCCUCUCUUUAGUCUUAAGAAAGCUGAAUUUUUCAAUGUCGCUCACCUAACGUCUCCAAAUAUCCGUUUGGACUGAAAAUUCUUGGGCCUUGUCAAUAUAGUAUUUUCUGCAACCCUGCAAAGAUUGGAGGCCUUUGGACAGGUCCAUAUGCUGCAACUCACCCUGCACAUGCUACCCUGUAGCCAACUUCUUGGUGCCUUCAUAUUGGAAUUGUUCAAUUGUAUGUUGUUGCAAGUUAUCUUUAGGAGGAGAGCAUUCCACAUGAUCAUCUCCUUAGAGUACCUGCACCUACAUACAAGUAGAAGGACAAAAAGGAGAAAGAGAAAGAAGAAAGGUUCUAUUCUAAUCCUAACCUGUAAAAGAAAUUUGGUUAUUCUAAGAAAGCAUAAAACAAGGGAGGUGUUCCCUUUUACCAUGGUCCUAACUAUAGAACCUUCAAAUUGAUUAAAGCUAUGCAUAGAAUAUGUAAUUUGAAGAGUAAGUUGGACCAAUGAGGCUGAAAGGUCGUGGUGGCUUCUUGAUUCUCUUAAGCCUUCUUCUUCUGAAGUUGGCCAUUUCCAGUUUGUCAAGCUCAAAGUAGGCUCUUGCCUCUUUGGGUAGCUCUUGCUUAGUGAGAUAUAUCUGUGGAGUAGUGCACUUGUGGCUAUGCUUGGACAAGGCAUCACGGGUUAAAUAUGGGUUUAAAUCCAUAUUUUACCCAUCUAAAAAUCACUCAUUCAACUCAUUAAAAUAUAGACGGAUUGGACUAGUUAACGAAAUAUGAACUCACUUUGCCAUCACUAAUUGAAACUAAUCAAAAUCUAAUACAGAUAUGACAUCAAAUUGAAAAACUAAAAAUAAAAUAAAAUGAAGAAGAAGUUAUUUUCACAAAUAAAUUGUGAAGAUUUAUCAUAUGAGACUACAUAUCUAUCAAAAUUGUUCAACACAUGGACUAAUUUGCACCAAUCCUCAAAUAUAAGGGAUCAAUUGUGUCUAUUUCUCGAACUUAAUCAGUAAUAACUUGGUGCCCACUGAAAGUUUAUGCCACCGGGAUUUAACGUCAGUCGGGAUUUUUUUUUGGGGAAAUGGGUGGCCGGACUAUGGAAUGGGCGGCGAGAGCAAACCACCUGGGUGGUCUACCGCGGAAAUUGGUGAUCACGGCGGUAGGUACCUUCGCUAAGGCGGUGGCAAAUCUACUGAACACCACCACCGUGCACAACGGCGACACCCUCAUCCACCUAAUUCGAUCCCGACCUGCCGGCGUUCCUCUCCUCACCGUCAGCAAUCAUAUGUCCACGUUGGAUGACCCAGUUAUGUGGGCAUUCAAAGGUUUUCCAAUUUGUGAUGCAAAGCUGGCUCGAUGGGUACUAGCAGCUGAAGACAUAUGCUUUAAAAAUACAGUAUUGUCAUACUUUUUCCGGAUCGGGAAAUGUAUACCAAUAACAAGAGGGGGCGGAAUAUAUCAAGAACAUAUGAAUGAAGCUCUUGAUCGUUUGACUGACGGAGCCUGGCUGCAUACAUUUCCAGAAAGGAAGGUCUGUCAAGAAGAUGCUCCUAUAAGACGAUUGAAAUGGGGAACUGCCAGUCUCAUUGCUCGUGCCCCCGUGACUCCAAUUGUCUUGCCAAUUAUCCAUCAUGGUUUUGACAUAAUAGCUGUCCAUACACUGAAAUGAGCAAUGCAGGCUAAUGCCUAAAUAGCAAUGGACAAAGGGAUCCAUUUUGUUUUGGUUGGUUUUGCAUAGUAGUACACUAUGCACAUUAGGCAGGGCUUCUUAGGAUGUUUGAAUUAUUGUGAUUCUGUAAUUUAUAUAGUACCUGUCUUGUUAUAUAUUUCACACUGAUUGUUUAAUUCACGUGCUUCUUCGUGGAACUAAUUUUAUUGUAAGAAUAAGGUAGUGUAGAGGAUUAGAGGUCAUGCAGUUCUAAAAGUGUUUUUUUUAAAACCACUCUGUUGCAUUUAUGGCACUGCUUCAUUGUUGUUACAAAAUCCAUUGAUCCUUUUGUCAACUUCACUAAUAAAGUAACACGCCUUGCCAAUACCAUAGUUGCUUUCUCCUUUCCCUCCGCUCCAUCCUUAGAAAAGAAAAUAAGAAUGGCCAAAAUGCCGUGACUGUCAAUUACUUUUAGCUAACAAUCUCCUACUCUUCUUUAUGCUCAGUCCAUUUCGAGGAGAUAAAAUACACAUAUACUUAUAUAUGCACAUGUGCAUCUGUCGUACUUCUAUGAACAGGGAUGUGUAUUUUCGUAUCCAAAUUAAGUAUUGAUUGUGAGAUUGAACCAGCUUUUAUUUGAAUAAUUCAAAUUUGAUUCUUGGGAUUCUGAUACAUUCUGUGUUUUGACCAAUUUUUAGGUUAUGCCUGAGAACUAUGCUUUUGGGAGAAGACCUCCAGUUCCGCUAUGGAACCAGGAGAUAAAAAUAGUUGUAGGUGAACCAAUGGAAUUCAACCUUCCUGAACUGCGAAAGAUGGCUCUAUCUGACUCUCGGGAUUCAUCAUCUUCCAGUGGGCGGUGGCCAAGAAUUGCAGCUUUGGGUAAGGAUGCUGAGCUCCUGGAUCGAGAUUUUAUUCAAAAAAUGUGUGAAAACCCAGAAAGAAUUCGAAUUUUGGUUCCUCCAAUUGCAACCCCAUCUGGGCUAGUUGAGGCACUAGGAUUAGGCCUAGGGAGAAAAGUGUUAUGCCCAGUUCCAUUAGUGAUUGGGUUGGAUGAACCACCUGUUGUGCCGAAAUUCCUUGAGGAUUUAUCCAAAAGGGGGUGGAUUCCAGUGAGAUUAGAUGCAUACGAGACGCGAUGGGCUGGGGCGAAAUGCGCGGUGGAUGUGGUGAGAAAGAGUGAAGAGGAGUGUGGAUUUGAUGCAAUUGUGUUUACUAGUACUGGAGAAGUGGAGGGUUUGUUGAAGAGCUUGAAGGAAUUUGAUUUGGAUUGAUCAAUGGUGAGGAGGAGGUGUCCAAGAAUGGUGGUGGCAGCUCAUGGCCCUGUUACAGCUGCUGGUGCUGAGAGUUUGGGUGUUGGCAUUGAUGUGGUAAGUUCCAAUUUUGGUAGCUUUGAUGGUGUUGUUGAUGCACUAGCUCAUAAAUGGAAAUCAUUGGAAAAUCAAGAAUCUUGAUUUUGGUUUUUUGCUCUUUUUUGGUGUGAAUUCUUUCUUACCAAAAUCAAGAAUCUUGAAUUUGGUUUUUUCUCAUCAUGGAAGGUUUGAUGGAGCUAGAAUUGUUCCAGCACCCCUCUUUAAUUGUUUGGCCAAAAUUUCUUUAAUUGUCUAGUCACAGUUUUUGUAAUUCUAAAUACCUCUUUAGUUUUGUACUAUUAAUUUGGAAUUUAUAGUAAUUGAUGUUGUGAGUU